CGCUACACAUGAUAAAUGCUUCACCUGUUUUUCUAUUUUUUCUAAAUUUUUCGUUUGGAGGGGAUACGCUAAUGGAUACGAUAACCAGUGUCAAGGAAUACAUGGAUUUGGAUUUGUUUUUGGUGACAGUUGUUAUGUGUGAUAGUGUUGACCAGGUAGAUUUACUUCACCGGCCAACACUGUACCCACAAAGUGUCAUGAAAAUGCGCACUAACGCACUUCUUAGGCAACUGGGCGUGAAGCGCUACAUGGUAAAUGGGCAAUCGCACACAAUCGAGCGCUUUCUUAAGCACAUGGACGAUAUACAGAAAAGGGGGAGUGUGCAAAGCAGGCAGGUGAUAAAAGAGUUCCUAGAUCGUAAUUUUUAUCCUCCGGGCGAAGACGUAGUGGAAGAAAACAUCUCAAAGGAAUUGCAGGAACAGACGCUUCACCUAGUGAACGUCACAAAUACAAGACUUAAAGAGCUUUUGUGUGCAUUGCACAAGCGCUGGGAAAUGCUUUACAAGCGGACCGUGCAAAAAGGAUAUAUGAGCACUUUGAUACCGCUGCCGCAUCCAUUCGUUGUGCCUGGCGGACGGUUCAGGGAAAUGUAUUACUGGGAUUCGUGGUUCGUGCUUGAGGGUCUGAUCGCAUCCGGCUUGAAGGAACCUUCGUUGAACAUGCUCAAGAAUUUCAUUUAUUUGAUUGAAGAGUACGAGUUUAUACCAAAUGGAACGAGGAAGUAUUAUCUGAACAGAUCGCAACCGCCGUUUUUCUGUUUGAUGCUUGAGUCGAUGCUUAAAUUCAAAGAUAAAGAGAUCGAUGAUUUAGUGCUUGGCAAGGGCCUAGACAUGGCCAUGAGAGAGCUCAAAUACUUUGAAAGAGAGAAGCAAAAGACUUUUUUGUUCGGAGAGGAGAAAAAGGAAAUGUUUUUCUAUCUCGUGCACUCGGACUACCCACGCAUUGAGUCGUUCAGGGAGGACUUGAACACGUACAGGGAAGCACGGCAUUUUUACAAGGAGUACACCGCUGCAACCCUGCAGGACAGAAUAUUUAGCAGCCUGAAAUCAGCUGCUGAGUCAGGCAUCGAUUUCUCGAGCAGAUGGUUUGAAGACGGCAUGAACAUGCACACGAUAAAUACCAUUAACAAAGUGCCGGUCGACCUGAACACACUGAUCUGCAGGAACAUGCAGAUAAUCGCCAUGCUGUUGCGUAUGAGAAGUGAUCCAAGAGCACAGGAAUACAUGCAGAAAGCAGAUGCACUGAAAGAUCUCAUAAACACGGUGCUAUGGAACGCAGAGAAAGGCUGUUGGAACGACUACAACACGAGCACACAACGGUAUGUGAGUGACCGGUUUUACCCAUCGAACCUAUAUCCCCUCUUUUUUGGUAUUGAGCCCCCGAACAGCUCAGCGUACGGGGUGAUCCUGCUCAACAAGCACGAAAUAUUUGGAUACGUGAGUGGUGUGCCAUCAAGCGGAGAUGUGAGCGAUAAGAAAACAGGCCAACAGUGGGAUUUUCCGAACGUAUGGGCACCGCACAACUACUUGUUCCAGCAGUAUUUUGAGAAUGUACUGAAGGAACCUCAGAUGGCGUUCCACAUUGCAAAAUGCUUCUUUAAAUCUGUACUUAUCAAUUAUGAGGAGAAGAAAUGUUUUUAUGAAAAAUACACCGCAUCAAAUAAUGGAGACCAUGGUGGUGGCGGCGAGUAUAAAACACAAGAUGGGUUCGGAUGGACUAAUGGCGCAACGAUUUGCUUUAUUAAGGAGUAUGGCGAUCGUCUGAUGGAUACAUUUGAUCACAAGGCGUCCUACCAGUCGAUACAGAGUAGAUUGGAGGAGAAGAUCCUGCAGGAUAUGAAGUCGAAGAAAUUUGAACCGACCGGCGACAACAAGUUGCCGAAUAUAAAGGAACAUGAGAAGGAAGCUCUUCUCGCACCAGCUACUAGCUGAGCAAAAUAAAUUUUUGAUGCUUACAAGCCAUUUUAGGGUUGUGCGUACGUCAUUCUUUAGUCUCAUCAAUCACAUUAAAACGUCACAGCAUUGCUUUCCGCGCUAACUCACGGUGAAGCGCGUUUUUUACUGAAAAGAAGGCAUUCUCGGAUCAAAUACUCACAGGCACAACAUAAUUGCCAGCAAUCUGUUUAGAGUAUCAAAAACCAGCCACAUCGUUUCUGUUUAAAAGGUGAAGAAUGGGUGAGUGUUG